AUGUACUUUGUAGCACAGGCCAAGGAGCCAUCUGCCGGAGCAGCCAGACCAGGCCGUGUCAUUGGCUGUUGGCUGUGCGUCGUCGGGACCGGAUCCGCCUUCCCGGUUGAGCUAAGCCGCGAAGCUCCUCCUGGCCGCCUCAGACGACACCUCCCCAUCGCGACGUUAUCAAACCUUCUCUUACGGAUACCUGACCUUACAGCAAAGAGGCAUUGGAUGGUCUUGCGCACACGACACACACCUGACCGCCCUUUGUUUGCUUCUUCGCUUUCGCCCGUCCUUCCCGCCCUUCCCGUUCUGCAAAGUUGCCUUUUCCUUCCCAUCGCACUGACCAUCCAGGUGGCCAAUUGGGGAAUCACGGACGUUGCUCCCGAGGCCUGGGGAUCGACUGCCCGCCGCAUGUGUGUCCAAGAAGAUCCCUUCUUUCCUGCAUCGGCACCCGUUAUACCCUACUGCCGCACCUCACAAUCGGUCCAUCCAACCGCCUUCAGGCGCACACGUUUCACUCUGCAUCGUGUCUCGCCUACGCCAACCUCGGUUUGCCCGCCUGAUGGCCUGAUAGUGCCGCUUUGA